ACAUUUCAGUACAUGUAAAUACCAUAGACAGUAGUAUAACAGAAUAUACUCUCAUUUCUAAAGGAGGCGUCCGUGUAGUCAUCAGUCUCCGGGUCCCAAAUACAUCUCUGCCCACAUUUUACACCUGCGCCCUUCAUUUCUAUUAUUGUCGUUUGUACUACGAUCUUGUACCUCUUCAUAUCAAGUUCCUGUACUCUCUGUCGUAUUGCAUUGGCUAUCACCUUGACCCAUUUCACAGCCUGGUCGGACCUAUACUGGCGACCCGUCAGCUGUUCGUGCAUUAUAGUCAGUAUUAUCUCCUUUACGUUGGCCGCUUGGAAUUUUUCGCCAAGACCUGGGCGUACUUCAUACUUAGGUGGCGCUAAAGCUUUUUCAAUAGAUGGACUUAUUGUUUCUUGGACGUCUACUUCACGCUCUACUGCAACUUCAGUUUCUUCUUCAAUAUCAUCUUCAUCAUCUGCCAUGGUGGAUAAUUCAGUUUGUAACAGGAAUACAAUUUUCUUAAAAGUACUUCACAAAAGGACUUUGUUCUAAAAUAUAAAAUCAAAUUCUCAUAGAAUAUUUUCGGCGUAAGCGUUCAACGUUGCUAUGACAACCAAAC